AUUUCCAUUGAGUCUCUUUGAUGAUCCGUUUCUUUUUCUAAAUCUCAUUGGUUUUUUCGUUUCUCUUUCUCUCUCUUUUUUUGGCUUAUUUUGUUUCUAUUCUAAUCUUUGCUUCUCUGUGUAAUUGUUUUCGUUUUCGUGUUGAUUUGCUUGAAAUUUUGUUCUAAUUCUAACACUUGACAACGUUUUUUACAUUUUCACAUUACCUUAACAACAAGAAGUAAUCACAUCUCGAGAUGGGACAACCUUCGGGUCCAACUGCAUCUGCUUUAAGAGCCCUUUCUAUGGAGUUUAAAUCUCUACAAGAAGAACCAGUUGAAGGUUUUAGAGUUAAAUUAGCUGAUGAUGAUAAUUUAUUCAUAUGGGAAGUGGCAAUAUUUGGUCCACCACAUACUCUCUAUGAGGGAGGAUAUUUCAAGGCCAAUAUGAAGUUUCCAAUUGAUUAUCCUUACAAUCCACCAUCACUUAAGUUCCUUACUAAAGUUUGGCAUCCAAAUGUUUACGAAAAUGGUGACCUUUGUAUAUCUAUUUUACAUCCUCCCGUUGAUGAUCCACAUUCGGGUGAACUUCCAUGUGAAAGAUGGAAUCCAACUCAAAAUGUUCGAACUAUUUUGUUAAGUGUAAUCUCUCUGCUGAAUGAGCCAAACACCUCGUCGCCCGCUAAUGUCGAUGCUUCCGUCAUGUAUAGACGAUGGAAAGAUUCAAAAGGCAAAGAUAAAGAAUAUGAAAAUAUAAUUAGAAAACAAGUGACGACUACUCAUAAUGAAGCAGAAAAAGAUAAUGUCGUGGUGCCAACAACAAUCGAGGAAUAUUGUAUUAAACAUAAGUCUAAACCACCCGAGAUGGAGGCCGAUUUAGCUGAUUUCUAUGAUGAUGAUUAUGGAGACAUGGACGAUGACGAUGAUGAUCUCGAAGAAACCGAUCAAGAAGACUUCAAUGACAAUGAAGAUUCGGGGAAUGGGAUGUAAAAGAUUCACACUAUUAAUUUUACGAUCAUCAAUUUUGUUUCUCUCUUAAUGCAACGAAUCCACGAUGAAUUACCUAUUACCAUGAUCUCCAUCUCUCCAUCCUGAACCCAUAGCAGCAAUUAAUCAACAAUUAACAAUCAAUUUACAAACUACAAUUUAAAUUUCACUCUUAUUUUGACAAAAGUAAACCAAAAGUUCAAUCGCAAUCUUUCAGUUUCAAUUGAAAUUUUACAAACAAAAAAAUCGAAAUUGAAAAACUAUUAUAACCUCAAUUUUCAACCAAUUCUUCAAUUCAAAUCGAACAAAAGUUUUCAUUGAAAAUAAUCAAUUAUUUUAGAAGAUUAACUUUAUCGAUUAUAAUUUCUUUCAUUAGGAUGAAAACGCUCAUUUUUUUGUCAAAAUAAGAGUAAAAAUAUUGUAUCUCUCUUUUCCAUCAAAUAACAAUUAACAUAUACCUCAUCUUAAUCAUCACCACAACACUCAAAUACAAUUACACAACGACAACCUCUAUGUCCAUUCAAUAACCUUCUCCAUCUCUUCCUCCUUGUCAUCUUAAUCUUCCUUCUCUCUCUCUCUCUCUCUCUCUCUCUCUCUCUCUCUCUCUCUCUCUCUCUCAUCAUAGUUCCCCUUCAGGUGUGUACUCCAACUCACCCUUCAUCUAAGUGAAUGAUUUAUUUGAGUGAAGUCAUCAUCACACCAUCAUCGUCAUCAACAUGAAGCGUAAAACAAGUAUCAAUUAGGGAACACUCCUGGAUUAAAACGAUAUCAGAUUUAUUUUUUUUCCUGUAAAACAACUAAUUAAUUGUAUCAUCAAUGUCCUCCUUUUCUUCCUCCUUCCUCUAAUCAUCUUGACUUACAAAACUCUUGCUUCCUUGUAUUCGGACAGUUAUUGAUGCUCGUGACCAACAAAUCAAAGGAAACGCAAAAACGUAUCACCACAACACAUAAAAUCUUAAACUGAUGGAAUCGAAGUCAAGAUUGAAUGUCAAGCCUUUAGGAUGAACAAUAAUCCAACAAAAAUCUGAAGUAAAAAGUGUGUCCGAAUCGAUAUUUUUAAUCAAACAAAUAUGAAAAGUAUAAAUUUAUCCAAUCAAGAGAUGUAAAUAUUUUGUUAAUAAAUAGAUGAUUACUUGAACCCCGA